AUGUGUCUGUACACAUACCACCACUAUCCCGUUUGCGGGCACAUCGCUAACUGGACGAUGACCAGCUGUAAGGAGUACACUAACGCUCUCCGACUUCUGAGUCGGAAAGGUCUUUCAGGUCAUUGCAAUCACAUCCAAACCACCCAUAAUCUUUUUGUACAAGGUGAGUCUGACACUUGCGGUCAGUGCGAUUUUGAGGUGCGCUGUGCAGCGUUCCGUCGAACUCACGACGCUUCCUCGUCCAAGACGCAUCGCGAAAUCGAAGGCCUGACCUCCGAGGUCCCAAUCAUAGAACUUUCUGGACAUAUGAAUGUCAGCAUCAGUGGCAAAGAAGAGGAGAACCACCGCCCAGUGAGCCCUCAGGAGUGUUGCAGCUGUGAAUUCUGCAGUUGCUUCGCAUCGCCGCUCGGCUCUGGAGUGAGACAUAAUGACAAGACUCCUCCCGCUAAUAACGUGUCUGAUAUCCCGCAGUAUCUCGAUGAUUCUUUUUAUAUUCCAGAGACUCCAACACAUAACGGUAAAGAAUUUGAGACUGAGACCAUGCUCCAAAUCCUUCCCAGUGAAGAGGGGGGAAACGCAGACCUUUACAAAGUUCUUCGUCAAGCAUCCUCGGCAGAGGAUAUUUCCCCUUCUUGGGCCCAAGUAGGUGCCCGGAGAACUCGCAAUUCCCUGCAUGGCGUUAUCUCCAUUGGCAUUGACAGAGCCGCUUACCCUCUGGAGCGUCUUGACACCAGAAACCCUUACGCUACAAGCUUUUUGGAUCUGUCCGAUGAGUCGCCGAUUGACGUUCAAGCUCAACACACAUACAGCCGUCCUAUCAAUUUGUCCUCUUCGGUCUACUUUGGCAGUGAGCCUGAGCAGACUUUUAUCGAUUGGUCAGAUGAUAGCUCCUACUCUGACCUUGAAAGCGAGGUACGGAAUCCAAACAAUCUCACUUUCCUUGAUGAUGAUUCAGAUGCCGAUGACGAUCUGGACGGUGGAUGUGAACUACCAGAUAAGUUUGAUGAAGAAUAUGCGAGCACGUUCUCACCUUUAAUUUUCCCUCUAGUAUCCGGCAAUGUUGAUAUGGCACUGCCAUCUGUGCGAGACUCUGCGCCAGUGGCCGAUCGACCAGCCACACCAAUCCUUUGCCCAGCGCCUCUGAGAGUUACCAAGGGCCCUCAGUUUCUGUCUCUGAACUCCAUCAUUGAAGAUACCUUCUAUGAGGAGGCCCUUGAUGAGAAUACCCUCGAAUUUCUUCAUGCCAAGACCUAUUCGACCCCUGGUGGAUCUAGCCAAAGGCCCUGUGUAAGCAUCAAAGAAAAAGUACUGGGUUCGCUAGGCUGA